AUGAGGUGUUUACGGGGCCAGAUACGCCUCCCUGCCAGACAGAGCAGGCACAUAUACCACACUAAGCAUGAAUCGCCUGUAUCAUUUAUCUCGGCCUGUGUCUUUCCUGGCCUCCAUCACCACGAGAGCAAUGGCCACGACAGCUACAGGGGAAGGAAGACUGGCAGGCAAGGUGGCCAUAGUAACCGCCUCUACUGAUGGCAUUGGUUUUGCCAUUGCCCAGAGGUUGGGGCAGGAGGGAGCCAAGGUUGUGGUGAGCAGCAGAAAGCCAGCCAACGUGGAGCGAGCAGUAGCAGACUUACAGGGAAUAGGGUGUACAGUGGUGGGCAUCCCCUGUCACGUCUCCAAGCAGCAAGAACGCCAGUCUCUCAUUGACAAGACAGUGGAAAAAUUUGGUGGUCUUGACAUCCUGGUAUCAAACGCUGCUGUGAAUCCUGCUGUGGGUGGAGUGUUGGAUUGCUCAGAGGGUGUGUGGGACAAGAUCUUUGAGGUGAAUGUUAAGAAUGCACUGCAGCUCACUCAGCUGGCUGUUCCUCACAUGCGACAGAGAAAGGGUGGUGCUAUUGUCUAUGUUUCAUCCAUUGGAGGAUAUCAACCACUGCCGCUGCUGGGAGCAUACAGUGUGAGCAAGACAGCACUACUGGGGCUGGGCAAGGCUGUGGCACAAGAAGUAGCCUCAGAUAACAUCAGAGUGAACUGUGUAGCUCCGGGAGUAGUGCGGACUAAAUUCUCCAGCUUUCUGACAGAAAACCCAGCAAUCCAUGAGAAGACAAUAGAGAUGAUUCCCUUGGGCAGGGUUGCUGAGCCCAAGGAGAUGGGUGGGCUAGUGGCUUUCCUGUGCAGUGAUGAUGCUUCCUACAUCACUGGGGAAUCAUAUGUGGCAGCAGGAGGCAUGCUUUCAAGACUUUAGGUGCUAUUAUUGAUAUUUCACUUGUUAUUCAGAUUUGGGGUUCAUUUAGAAUUCCAUAAUAAACAGUUGUGUAUUCGUAUAUAGAUUUGUUGGGUGUAUUGUUAUAUACAAUAGUUAAUAUGUAUUUUUGUAAGUAUAUGUGUGUGCUUUAUUCUUUAAUUAUAUAUAUGAAAA